AUGGUUCUACUCCCCGUGCCCUCACCCUACUCUUCUGUACCGGCCGUUCUACUCCCCGCGCCCUCACCCUAUCCCUCCGUACCGGCCGUUCUACUCCCCGCGCCCUCACCCUAUCCCUCCGUACCGGCCGUUCUACUCCCGCGCCCUCACCCUAUCCCUCCGUACCGGCCGUUCUACUCCCCGCGCCCUCACCCUAUCCCUCCGUACCGGCCGUUCUACUCCCCGCGCCCUCACCCUAUCCCUCCGUACCGGCCGUUCUACUCCCCGCGCCCUCACCCUAUCCCUCCGUACCGGCCGUUCUACUCCCCGCGCCCUCACCCUAUCCCUCCGUACCGGCCGUUCUACUCCCCGCGCCCUCACCCUAUCCUCCGUACCGGCCGUUCUACUCCCCGCGCCCUCACCCUAUCCCUCCGUACCGGCCGUUCUACUCCCCGCGCCCUCACCCUAUCCCUCCGUACCGGCCGUUCUACUCCCCGCGCCCUCACCCUAUCCCUCCGUACCGGCCGUUCUACUCCCCGCGCCCUCACCCUAUCCCUCCGUACCGGCCGUUCUACUCCCCGCGCCCUCACCCUAUCCCUCCGUACCGGCCGUUCUACUCCCCGCGCCCUCACCCUAUCCCUCCGUACCGGCCGUUCUACUCCCCGCGCCCUCACCCUAUCCCUCCGUACCGGCCGUUCUACUCCCCGCGCCCUCACCCUAUCCCUCCGUACCGGCCGUUCUACUCCCCGCGCCCUCACCCUAUCCCUCCGUACCGGCCGUUCUACUCCCCGCGCCCUCACCCUAUCCCUCCGUACCGGCCGUUCUACUCCCCGCGCCCUCACCCUAUUCCCCUAG